AACCCCCAUUAAACAAACCAGAAUCCACGCAAGCAGCAGCCGAAGGGAUGCUCGCGACGCCCACCCACGCCCCCCACAACCCCGCAUCGUCAUCACCACCACCACUCCUCGCCUCCUCCCACUCCCACUUCCGACUCGCCUCCUCCCACCCCCACCUCUUCCGAGGCAGCCCACGAUCGCGCCUCCGUCUCAUCCGCGAUCCCGGCCGAGCCGAUCCGCUUGCAGGCGGCGGCGGCGGGAGGGUGGUGGGGGUGUCGGCGGCGGGGAGGACGGCAUCAUCCGCCGCGGCGCCCGCGGAGAUGGAGUGGGUGCGGGUGCUGGAGGAGGGGGUGUUCCGGUUCGACGCGUCGGGGGCCGCGCGGGCGGCGGCCGCGCCCAGCUUCUCGUUCGCGGAGCCGCGGCGGAGGGAGGCGGCGCGGGAGGGCGCGGAUACCCCCGCCGUCGUGCCGGCGUGCCACGUGGUCGGGGACGCCCAGAAGGUUCUGAUUAAGCUUCCUGCUGGGACGUCUUUCUAUGGCACAGGAGAAGCAAGUGGCCCGCUCGAGAGGACUGGGAAAAGAGUUUUUACUUGGAACACAGAUGCAUGGGGUUUUGGGCCAGGAACCACUUCAUUAUAUCAGUCACACCCUUGGGUUUUGGCUGUCCUCCCUGAUGGAAAGGCACUAGGUGUCCUUGCUGACACUACACAGCGUUGUGAAAUUGACUUGCGAGAAGAAUCUACUAUAAAGUUUUCUGCUCCAUCUGCUUAUCCUAUAGUUACUUUCGGGCCAUUCAAUACACCAUCAGAAGUUAUGUCAUCCUUGUCCCAUGCAAUUGGAACUGUGUCGAUGCCACCAAAGUGGUCGCUUGGCUAUCAGCAAUGCCGCUGGAGCUAUGAUUCUUCUGAGAAAGUACUCAAGGUUGUUAGAACAUUUCGAGAGAAAGGUAUUCCUUGUGAUGUGGUCUGGAUGGAUAUUGACUAUAUGGAUGGUUUUAGAUGCUUCACAUUUGAUAGUAGUCGUUUUCCUGAUCCAAAAUCUAUGGUUGAUGAUCUCCAUUCCAUCGGUUGCAAAGCAAUCUGGAUGCUUGACCCUGGGAUUAAGAAAGAGGAGGGCUACUUUGUGUAUGAAACUGGUUCAGAAAAUGAGGUUUGGAUUCAAAAGGCGGAUGGUAGCCCAUUCAUAGGGGAGGUAUGGCCUGGUGAUUGUGUUUUCCCUGAUUUUACCUGUAAAAGAACUCGCACCUGGUGGGCUAGUUUGGUAAAGGAUUUCAUCUCCAAUGGUGUUGAUGGAAUAUGGAAUGAUAUGAACGAGCCUGCUGUUUUCAAAUCUACUACGAAAACAAUGCCUGUAAGCAAUAUCCAUAGAGGAGAUGAUGACAUUGGUGGUGUCCAGAAUCACUCGUACUAUCACAAUGUAUACGGAAUGCUAAUGGCAAGAUCAACUUAUGAAGGAAUGGCAAAGGCCAAUACUGAGAAACGACCAUUUGUUCUUACAAGAGCUGGUUUUAUAGGAAGCCAGCGCUAUGCUGCAACAUGGACCGGUGAUAAUCUGUCAAAUUGGGAGCAUUUGCACAUGAGUGUACCAAUGGUUCUUCAGUUGGGUCUCAGUGGUCAACCAUUAUCAGGUCCUGAUAUUGGUGGGUUUGCUGGAAAUGCCACUCCAAAACUUUUCGGAAGAUGGAUGGGUUUGGGUGCUUUAUUUCCAUUUUCACGUGGUCAUACUGAAACUGGAAGCAUUGACCAUGAGCCAUGGUCCUUCGGUGAAGAGUGCGAGGAAGUUUGCCGUCUUGCAUUACUUAGACGGUAUCGUCUACUGCCUCAUAUCUACACUUUGUUUUACUUUUCACAUAUGAAGGGUACUCCAGUUGCCGCUCCAGUUUUCUUUGCUGAUCCACAAGAUCCAGAAUUAAGGAAAAUCGAGACUUCCUUUCUGUUGGGACCACUUUUAGUCUGUGCAAGCACUGUACCUGAUAAAGGAGCUCAUGAAUGUUCACAUAAGUUGCCAAAGGGCAAUUGGUUGCCUUUUGAUUUCGGAGAUUCACACCCUGAUCUGCCGGUCCUGUUUUUACAAGGUGGAGCAAUACUUCCUAUAGGCCGUCCUAUUAAGCAUGUUGGUGAAGCAAGUUUGGAGGAUGAUUUAUCACUAAUUAUAUCGUUGGAUGAAAAUGGUAAAGCUGAAGGUGUUCUCUUCGAAGAUGCUGAGGAUGGAUAUGGGUUCACACAGGGGAACUAUCUGUUGACAUAUUAUGUUGCUGAGCUCCACUCGUCAGUGGUUUCUGUGAAGGUCUUGAAAACUGAAGGAUCUUGGAGGAGACCUAAACGGAACUUAAACAUAAGUAUAUUACUUGGUGGAGGUGCUAUGAUAAGUUCGCGUGGUAUUGAUGGUGAAGAAGUACAUCUGACAAUGCCUUCUGAUUCUGAAGUAUCCAGCUUGGUUGCGACAAGUGAACUUGAGCAAAAGAAACGUUUGGAGAUGAUUAAGCCUAUACCUGAUAUGGAUGAGCCAGCUGGACAAGAAGGGGCUGAGCUUUCAAAAACACCUGUUGAUUUGAAGAGUGGGGACUGGAUGCUUAAGGUUGUACCAUGGAUUGGUGGUCGUAUUAUCUCGAUGACACAUCUCCCUUCUGAUUCCCAGUGGCUUCAUAGCAGGAUUGAAAUCAAUGGUUAUGAAGAAUACAGUGGGACUGAAUAUAGGUCCGCUGGAUGCACUGAAGAAUACAAUGUCAUGAGGAGGUAUCUUGAGCAAUCAGGGGAGGAGGAAUCUGUUUGUUUGGAAGGAGAUAUUGGUGGUGGCCUAGUUCUCCAGCGUCACAUAUCCAUCUUGAAAGAUAACCCGAAGAUUUUCCAGAUUGACUCAAGCAUUCAAGCAAGAAAUGUUGGAGCUGGUUCUGGUGGGUUUUCAAGGUUGGUAUGUUUGCGAGUUCAUCCAACUUUCACACUUCUACACCCAACAGAAGUGGUUGUGGCUUUUACGGCUAUCAAUGGUUCAAAGCAAGAGAUCUCCCCAGAAUCUGGAGUAGUAUUAGAGGGAGACAUGAGGCCCGACGGGGAGUGGAUGCUAGUGGACAACUGCGUAGGACUGAGUUUGGUAAAUCGUUUUGAUCCCAGUCAGGUUAGCAAAUGUUUGGUGCACUGGGGAACCGGUGAUGUGAACAUGGAGCUUUGGUCGGAGGAAAGACCAGUUUCCAAGGAGACUCCGUUGAGAAUAUGCCACCAGUACGAGGUGAGACAAACAAACUAGACUGAAUCCCGCCUGGAUCAGCAAAUAAAUGUGCUACCUCGGAGCGGGUCAUCUAAAUCAAAAUUUGGAGGUGUUCGCCACGUCCUUCGCUCUAAAGAGUGUGGUGCUGCUAAAACUUGUGGGCAUUGCUAUUGAGGUUGCAUUGGUAGGAACUCGCUCUCGUUGCUUGGUUGCAUGCUAUGCGAUAAUAAUGAACUAGUAACUGCUAUAGUUCGAGCUAGUCUUGGCAAAAAGGAAUAAAGACGAAUGUUGCACUUCCCUGUGAUUGUACACUGCCAAUUCCUGAAAAGGGCGUCUUGACUGACCGGCGAACAGCCACACCGAGUAAUAGAAACAAUGUAAUAAACGCAUCGAGUAAUUGAAGGCUGAAGCUCUCUAUGUGGUUGUCAUA